AUGUCCAAGUUAAAAAGCUCGGAGUCAGUCCGGGUAGUGGUUCGCUGUCGGCCCAUGAAUGGCAAAGAAAAGGCCGCAUCGUAUGACAAGGUGGUGGAUGUGGAUGUGAAGCUGGGGCAGGUGUCUGUGAAGAACCCCAGAGGCUCAUCCCAUGAGAUGCCCAAGACCUUCACCUUUGAUGCCGUCUACGACUGGAAUGCCAAGCAGUUUGAACUCUAUGAUGAGACGUUCCGACCACUCGUGGACUCUGUCCUACAGGGAUUCAAUGGCACAAUUUUUGCCUAUGGACAAACGGGAACUGGGAAAACCUAUACCAUGGAGGGAGUCCGUGGUGACCCUGAGAAAAGAGGGGUGAUCCCCAACUCAUUUGAUCACAUCUUCACCCAUAUCUCUCGAUCACAGAAUCAGCAGUACCUGGUCAGGGCUUCUUACUUAGAGAUCUAUCAGGAAGAGAUCCGAGACUUGCUCUCAAAGGAUCAGACCAAACGGCUGGAGCUCAAAGAGAGGCCUGAUACAGGCGUGUACGUGAAGGAUUUGUCUUCCUUUGUCACCAAGAGUGUGAAGGAGAUAGAGCACGUGAUGAAUGUGGGAAACCAAAACCGGUCUGUCGGUGCUACCAACAUGAACGAGCACAGCUCACGGUCACAUGCAAUCUUUGUCAUUACAAUCGAAUGCAGCGAGGUGGGCCUAGAUGGUGAGAACCACAUCCGGGUAGGAAAACUGAACCUUGUAGAUCUUGCUGGCAGUGAGCGGCAAGCCAAGACUGGCGCUCAAGGAGAAAGACUGAAGGAAGCAACCAAGAUCAACCUGUCCCUUUCAGCCUUGGGUAAUGUUAUCUCUGCCCUGGUAGAUGGCAAAAGCACCCAUAUUCCAUAUAGAGACUCAAAGCUGACUAGGCUUCUCCAAGAUUCCCUUGGUGGCAAUGCCAAAACUGUUAUGGUAGCCAAUGUGGGGCCUGCAUCUUAUAAUAUAGAAGAGACCCUGACCACUCUGAGAUAUGCCAAUCGUGCCAAAAACAUUAAGAACAAGCCAAGGGUCAAUGAGGACCCAAAGGACGCUCUGCUUCGAGAAUUCCAGGAAGAAAUUGCUCGGCUCAAGGCCCAGCUGGAAAAACGUUCCAUUGGCAGGAGGAAGAGGCGAGAGAAGCGGAGGGAAGGUGGUGGCAGUGGUGGGGGUGGGGAAGAGGAGGAGGAGGAGGGAGAAGAGGGUGAGGAGGAAGGGGAUGAUAAGGAUGAUUACUGGCGGGAACAGCAAGAAAAACUGGAGAUUGAGAAGCGGGCCAUUGUAGAGGACCACAGCUUGGUUGCAGAGGAGAAGAUGAGGCUGCUGAAGGAGAAGGAGAAAAAGAUGGAGGACCUGCGGCGGGAGAAGGAUGCUGCUGAGAUGCUGGGUGCUAAAAUCAAGGCCAUGGAGAGUAAGCUGCUUGUUGGAGGAAAAAAUAUAGUAGAUCAUACGAAUGAACAGCAGAAGAUCUUGGAGCAGAAACGCCAGGAGAUCGCAGAGCAGAAACGUCGAGAAAGAGAAAUCCAGCAGCAAAUGGAAAGUCGAGAUGAGGAGACAUUGGAACUCAAAGAGACUUACACCUCGUUGCAGCAGGAGGUAGACAUCAAGACCAAAAAGCUCAAAAAGCUCUUUUCCAAGCUCCAGGCUGUGAAGGCUGAGAUCCACGACCUGCAAGAAGAACACAUCAAGGAGCGCCAGGAGCUGGAGCAGACGCAGAAUGAGCUCACCAGGGAGCUAAAACUCAAGCAUCUUAUUAUAGAAAAUUUUAUCCCCUUGGAAGAGAAGAAUAAAAUUAUGAAUAGAUCCUUUUUUGAUGAAGAAGAAGACCAUUGGAAAUUACAUCCUAUAACUAGACUGGAGAACCAGCAGAUGAUGAAGCGGCCAGUCUCUGCCGUGGGAUACAAGAGGCCCCUGAGCCAGCACGCACGGAUGUCUAUGAUGAUUCGACCAGAGCCCCGCUACAGGGCGGAGAACAUCAUGCUCUUGGAGUUGGAUAUGCCCAGCCGGACAACCAGAGAUUAUGAGGGCCCAGCCAUUUCCCCCAAGGUCCAGGCUGCACUAGAUGCAGCUCUGCAGGAUGAAGAUGAGAUUCAGGUGGAUGCAUCAUCCUUUGAAAGCACUGCAAACAGAAAACCCAAGGCCAGGCCUAAGAGUGGCAGGAAAUCAGGAUCCUCCUCAUCCUCCUCAGGAAACCCUGCAUCUCAGUUUUACCCACAAUCUCGGGGGCUGGUUCCCAAGUAACCCAGCACCCCCUCCCAAGGUGGGAACAGCAUUGUCUUCUGAGAGAAGAUCGAGCACAGAACUGCAGAGAUGACUUGAGCCUAAACAGAACCGUUCGUUCCCUUGAGGAGAAGAGAUUGCCUCUUUGCAGAUUAACCACCUCAGUCUGCCUGAACAUGCUGGUCCUGACUUGGCACUCAGCUCCUCUGGGAAGUGUCCUUGAAUUAGCAUCUCAGAAAUGCAUGGGUAAGGUAAAGUGCAAAGUCCAAGUGGACAGCAAGAAAAUGACCACAACCUUGCUUUCCUUCUUCCUCCCCCCCCUCCAGCCUCUUCCUCACACCAGGUUCCCUUUUGUUAAACAAUAUGACUGUUGAGGCCUCCUUAGGACCUUAUGUGUGGAGGCUUGGAGUAAAAUGACAGUGGAGCUGGGAAGUAAAAGCCCUAGAACUCGAAUAGGUGCCUGCUUUUGUCAGGUGAAAUGAGAGAUCUCACUUGGAACCAAGUCCCAGGAUGGCACCACCAGUGAUCCAGCUUCCAGGCCCCUCAGUAGGAGUAGAUCUGCCUGUGGAAUCUGUUGAAUGGGGCAGAGGCUUCCAGUUCCUGCUCCAGAAGUACAUGGUGUUGGGAGCAAUAGAAAAGACAUUCCCUUUGCCUCCUGGGAGAGUUUGGGGAAAUAACUUUUUUAAAACCUCAAAACCAUGACUUUCCUGUUAAAGACCUAAGUCUAUAAACCAGUGCCAUGUCCAUCUACCAUGUCACUUUACUCUUCAUUUGUCACCGUCUUCCCCCAAAUGCAUACACUCUUGAGUGGACUCAUGCAGACCCACCUUAGAGUGUGGCUACAGAGUGUGCUUAGAGGUGGGCCUCUGUAUGGGAGAAGGGAGGCUGGCUCUGCCUUCUCUGGUGGCACUAGAGUUGGGGCAAGGCCUCAGGAAGGGACACUUUGGAAUUCCCCAGUUGGGUCCAUACUAUCAUGGGGGCAGAAGAAUGACUAGGUGAUGCAGAGCUGGAGGCAGGGGACUCACAGCAGGGGGAAGGGAAGACAGAGAUGGAAGCAAAGGAACCCUGUCUGCCUGGAGCAGAAAACCCCCUGACUCUCAGAAGUGCACCUCCCCUAGGUGCUGGCAAGAAGAGGCUCUGAGGAGAGUUCACACUUCCCGUUUACAUAGACAAGUUUAGUUUCUAAGUUUUAGUUCUUCAUAUUAUGGCCCCUCAAGCUUUGUUUUAUGUUGGUCAUUAGGUGACAGUUACUCAUUUUCCCCAGGUGAAAUGCAUGAGUGUGUGGGGCUUUGUGUGUCUGUGUUCUGUGUGUGUCUGUAAGAGAGAGUGAAACCUUGCCCAGUUUUAGAAAUACUCCAACAUGCAGUCUUUGCCCCUGUCUGUGGUAAAGGCCCAGUGAAUGGCUAAUCUAGUCUAGAAGCAUGCCCCCAUGCGUGUGUGAGUCCGGGAUCCAAGCCUGAGGGGCAAUCUUAAGUCCUCAAGUCUGCCUGCCACACUGGUGCACCUUGCUGGCAUGGUGCCUCAGGAAGAUGGUAGGUAACUCAGGUGGGCCUUGAGAUGUAUUUUUAACUCAGUCUCCAGGUACAUUUCUGGAUCAGAACCCAUGGGAUGGAGGAGGUACCAAGUGUAAUGUCUUGACAUUCUGCAGAAUGGAGAUCCAUUUAUCCCCAUGUUAGUGAGCAUUCUUUCUGAGCCCAGGGCCCUAUUCAGCAGUUCCUAGGGUAUAAUGGAACCUGUCCUUACCUUUUCUUGGGCGCAAACCCUGCUUCUUCCUUAUGUACUAAGAAUUUGCCUGUUUGAACAGGAACCAAAUGAUGAGAUGUGUGGUCUAAGAUGGCUGUCUGCUGGUGACACUGUCUCUCUUACCACAUUUCCUCACAGCCAGUAUGCAUUCUGUAGGCUGAAAACAUUCAUGUAGUGAAGCGAAGGAUCACAAACUUCAAAUAAUACCAUACCUUAAAACCGGUGUCUUGAAGUGGCUAAUGUGAUGGAUGGGCUGCUGGUGGCGGUUUAAGUGAUACACAGAACUUUUCCCGCAAACAAAAGAAGAACGCCACUGACAGUCAUGAUUAUUAAAGCGAGCCUGUCCUCAGCUGUGUUCCCGCAGUGGUCUGUGGAAACCAAGUAGAAGGGCCACACAUGUGGCCAUGAUGCUGUCUCUUCCGAGGCAGCCUCUGGUGCUUCUCUUCUCAACAUGGAUCCGAUACUGAAAAGAGCAGAUGCUAAAAUAUCUUGCUGCCCCCAGAAUGUUGCUGCUUUGAGCUCUGAAUGGAGCCAGGAGUAGAGGACAGAUCAAGCUCACUGAGGGACCAAAGCUUUAUGUUGGUAGUUAUCUAGAAUGUUCUGGGAUGCUGGAAGGCCCUCAUGCCUGCAGCAGCUGUUGUAGUCUAGGAGCAAGUCUUUAAAAGGAUCUUAGAAGAGCAUCUGGCAGGUGUUUGAGGCUGCGCAUACAAUCCUCAUCAGACUCUCUUUUCGUCUCAUCAAUAGAAUGUAUCUGGCUUCAAAUCACACAAUUCCCAGACCCCUAGAUUCAGAAUCAGAGGCCACAGAUCAUAGGCAUGAAGCACUUUCUUAAGACUGACCUGUGUUGAAUUGCUCCUGUCGGAUGCCUGCAUGCUGCUUGAAUUGCUCCACCUACACCUCCAUGACCAAGGGUGCCAGAGUGUGGCACAGCUCAGGCGUGGGCCACUGUCUGCCCUUCCUGACUCUUCCUAAGCCCUCCCUUGCUGAAUGUAGACUCUGCCAAGUUUCUGAGAAGCGUCGAUUCCCUGCUAACAUAGGCUAUCAGUUCUGCCUCCCUUUCGCCUCUCAAGUUUGAGGAGUACUCUGUGAACACCUUGGACCAUUCAGACACCAUCCAUGGAUGAAAUGGGCUACUCAUGUACUCUGAAAUCCAUUAAUGCAGAACGCUCAGAGGGAACUAGGUAAGGUCAGCGUGCCCUGCAGUUACCAAGUGAGUCUUGGUCUGGUACUUUCCGAUUCUGGCACCUCCCUCUCUGCCCCAUCUUCCUGAAUGAAAUGCUCCUGAGGUUAUUUAUGAAAGGAAUGAUAUAGGCAGGCAGGAAAGGGGGGGGGGCUUGAUGGCUCUUUGGAGUUAAUAAUGACCCUGACCUUCUCUUCGGCUGUCUUUAGACAAAGAAUAUGUCAAUACUUGGGACUCUUAGUUUUACAAUUGAUAUUUAUUUGUAUUAUCUCUUUGUUUAGCGAUGUAAAAGUGAUUCUAAACUAAGAUGUGUAAUAAAAAUCAAUCAGAUUUAUUGUA